AUGCUACCGAAGAAUGAUAAUAAUUAAAGUAAUGGUUCAUAUUCAAAACUAAAAUUAUCAUCCAAAUCACUGCCUUCAACAUAGGAUUUAAAACAAGUUUAUUUGAAACCAAGCGAAAGACCAAAAUAAUUGAAAGAGAAGAGUUAAUGUUUGCAAGACAUAUAAUAAAAAGGAUUAAGGAAUUAAAAAUAGGAUUUUAUAGAGGAAGAUGAAAUAAGAAAAAAGGUAAAAAUGCAGUAUCAUUAAUUUGAACCUAUGUUUGAUGAGACGUCGAUUAAAGUCUAAUCUAUUCAUACUUCUUCAGAUUUGGAAAGCUCUUAGCAGUUGAGAAUCGAAUGCGCAACAUUGCUGCCCAAUAACGAGAAUUUCAUGUCUUGUUAGGAGGAUAAAUACUUUAAUUAGUAUGAUAAAGGAUUUGACUAGAACGAUCGAGAUUUAGAAGAGUUGGCGCAUAUCCAAGAAUCUCCAAUACUAAAAAAUAAUGAGUUUAGUAAUAGAAAACUAAACGUUAAAUUAGAAUUCUAAAAUAGAAACCCAGAAUCAAACUCCAAAGAGGAUUGA